AUGCCAGUGAAAUUUACGGUAAUGCCUGAUGGCAGUGAUAAGAAGAGUCUUAUUGCGCGAAAAAUUCGCUAUAUGUGCCCGGUAACACACGAUGCUCUCACGAACACCACUCGAUGUGCAUAUUUGAAAACAAGGUGUGCCACAUUUCUCUCUGUAUAUUCUCAAUUUGAACGCAGUUGGCGGCGUUUGCGAGAGAUUACGGGAAGGAAAUUCUAG